AUCUACUUCGGAUAUAUCGAACAGAACCAAGAAAGCUUAAAACUCUUCAGAAGAUUCGUAAAUGUUGAGAGCUUCAAAUUUUCUGCGUAGAGUCUCAGCUAAAAACCCUAAACCUUUAAUACCUCAAAGCUUCCAUCUUCAUCUUCACCAGGGAAACAGAGGAAUUAGUGAUUCGAGUCGUACGUACCAAUCGGGACCUGCUUCGAGCCCUAGCUUAUCGAUAUGGAGACGGAAGAAAGAAAUGAGCAAAGAAGGUUUAAUCGCCGCGAAGGAGCUCAAGCGUCUCCAAACCAAAUCGGUUCGGCUCGAUCGAUACAUUUCUACUCAUGUAUCUCGUCUCCUUAAAUCCGAUCUAGUUUCUGUUCUUGCCGAAUUUCAGAGACAAGACCAAGUUUUCCUCUGUAUGAAGCUCUAUGAAAUUGUGAGAAGAGAAAUAUGGUAUAGACCGGAUAUGUUUUUUCACAGAGACAUGCUUAUGAUGCUUGCAAGAAACAGGAAAGUGGAUGAAACCAAGAAAGUAUGGGAAGAUUUAAAGAGAGAAGGAGUUUUGUUUGACCAACAUACAUUCGGAGACCUUGUUCGAGUGUUCUUGGAUAAUGAGCUUCCGGUGGAAGCAAUGAGAGUUUAUGAAGAGAUGAGAGAUUCUCCUGAUCCGCCUCUGUCUUUGCCCUUUCGGGUUAUUCUGAAAGGACUCGUUGGUUAUCCUGAGUUGAGAGAGAAGGUGAAAGAGGAUUUCUUGGAGCUUUUCCCUGGAAUGGUUGUGUAUGAUCCUCCUGAGGAUUUGUGUUUUGAAAGCGAAGAUGAAGAAGCAAGAACAGACAGCGAUCUUGAAUAGAGAGAGUUUAAGGUUAGAUCAUGUGGAGAAGAUAGAAACACAAAGGAGGAAGGUUAUGGCUGUGCAAGACCAAGACUCUCUUCGGAUGGGACAAAACAAAUUAUGGCUGUUGAAAACUAGAGAUGAUGGGAGCAAACUGAAGAAAGGGAUUGAGAAGCUCAUAAAGUGUAUUUCUUCUACAGGUCUAAGAAUCAUUGGUUGAUUCAGAAGUUAUUGCCAAAAUCAAUACUCAAUUAUGUUGUCUUGAAACAGUGAUACAUAUGUUUGUGAAGAAAAAAAAGUGAAAUAAAACUUUCAGAAUUGGGUAAGUUUCACUCUCAAUGUGCUGACCCAAAAUGGUGUCAGGUCUUGAUUUUUGGAUAUGUUACUCUCAUUUUAAACAGAG